AUGGUUCAAGCUCGCCUUCUGUUCGCCAUCGCGAUACACGCGAGAGGCGAACCGACCGAAGGACAGGCGAUGCUCCGCGACGCUAUAGAUCUAGCCAUCAACCUUGGUAUGAAUACGAAAGAAUUCGCCAUGCUGAACAGUGGUACAUCGUCGUGCCUUGAAGAGAGCUUUCGUCGCACAUGGUGGGAACUAUUUGUAGUUGAGGGAAUCAUGUCCGCCAUUCAUCGCAUACCAACCAUGAAGACUCGGUCUGUUGCCUCUGAGGUCCUUCUGCCGUGCGAAGAUUCUACGUAUACGGAUGGUGCCUGUUUCUCUGAUGGGUCGACACUGGCACAAUUUACUGACCGACAUUUCGCUGAAGAAGAAAUCAGUUUCUCCUCGUCUUGUUAUCGUAUUGAGGCUGUUCAGAUCUUGUCUAGAGUCCUGUCCAUUGCGAACGCCGAAGCUCAUCCGGAUGAAGUACAAGCAAUUGACAACUCUCUUGCUGCAUGGUCGCAUUACGUACCUCCGGAAAAGCGUGAUAUCAUAUCAAAUUCUGGAGAGGUCGACGAGCUUCUAUUUCAAGCACACAUGCUUAUCCACUGGGCAACUAUCCUUCUGCACAUGCCUCGAAGCGAACUCCUUUCAGUCCAUCCAGCCACUGCAGAUAUCUUCUGUGCCAAAGGCGACAAGCAGAUGCCAUCCACAGACACAAAGCAUGCUCAUGCGAGCAAAGCCACGGAUGCGUCCAAAGAAUUGUCAAAUCUCGCAGCUCUCCGCUGUCCGGUACAAAAGCACACNCCCUUCUUCAUCUGCGCUCUUGUGAUCGCAUCUGUCGUACAGUUGGCUGCCUGCACUCUGCAUAACUGUCGAUGCAUGUACCAGCAUCGUGAUCGUAUCACACUAGUCGUGGGUCUGCUCAAGUCACUCAGCCUGAGCUGGGCCUGCGCUGGCUCAGUACUCGUCAAGAUCAANAAGAUCGCGGCAAAAGUGAUGAAGUCCGAGCAUUGCACUAUGACUGUUGCAUCCACCCAAUGUGAUAGCUGUACCGAUAGUGGUCUAGGCACAAGCAUAGGUCCCGAAGACGUGCCUUGGAUGGAAUUCUUCGACGAUCCGGUCAUGUCGUUUGAGCAAUUUGCACCCGGACCGCUCCUAUUCGAGGCAGCCACAUGA